AGUCUUCUCAUUGCACUGAACAGAAAAGAUGCGACUCUAACACAACUAAAAGUGACACGAGACCCAAACAAAACUCAAGAAGACUAAAACUUUUCAAUCGACCUUUACUUUAGUUGCCAUUUUUGCAAAGGCGCGGAUCUACCUGGACCCCCCCAGUACCUGCUGUGAUGUCCGGGGCGCACAGAUGAGACGCGGGCAGUGUGGAGUCAAGAGGACGUUUGCACAUUAGAGCACACGGUGUGAUAGGGGUAAGACUGCCUCAUGUGCUGGGCCUCCUCUGUGUUCGGGUGCCCUCCUAUCCCCCUCCUGCCAACGUAAGUGGGAUGUCCCAGGUGUAUCUGGUGCUGGCCUUGCUCCCACUCUGCAGCUUCACCAAGGUCUCCUCCACAAACUCCCUCAGGCUCGUGCAGGAACAGUGGAGCAGCUACAAAGACCAAUGUCUGGACUUCAUCAACACCACACCCCCAGCCACGGGGCUUGUUUGUAACCGCACGUUCGACCAGUACGCCUGCUGGCCCGAUGGGACCCCCGGAUCCACAGUCAAUGUGUCCUGCCCCUGGUUUCUGCCCUGGUACCAUAAGGUCCAGAGGGGCCUGGUGUACCGCAGCUGCAGUGAGGACGGCCAGUGGUCCAGGAAGAACACGUCUGAGUGUGAGGACGACCCAGCUGAGCAGGAGUAUGGGCGCAUCCUAAAUCAGUUAUGGAUCAUGUACACAGUGGGCUACUCUCUGUCUCUGGGAGCGCUGCUGCUGGCACUGGCCAUCCUCAUCAUAUUCAGGAAGCUCCACUGCAUGAGAAACAACAUCCACAUGAAUCUGUUUUCCUCGUUUAUCCUGAGAGCCGUGUCCAUUUUGGUGAAAGAUGCUCUGCUAACCCUCACACUCGACCCCCGGAGCAGCAACAGCACGCGGGCACACUCCUGGGCCAACAUACCGGCGGUGAUGUGGUGCAGAGGAGCCAUGGUCAUGAUGCAGUACAGUGUCAUGGCUAAUAACUACUGGCUGUUGGUGGAGGGCAUCUACCUGCACAAUCUACUCGUCAUCACCGUGUUCAGUGAGAGGAAGUACUUCUACAUCUAUCUGGCCAUUGGCUGGGGCGCCCCUCUCAUCUUUGUGUCGCCGUGGAUUAUCGUCAAGUACCUUUAUGAGAACGAGGAGUGCUGGGAGAGAAACACUAAUAUGGGAUACUGGUGGAUCAUACGCUCUCCAAUUCUCUUUGCAUGUUUGAUAAACUUCUUCAUUUUCAUCAGGAUUAUCAAAAUACUGAUGUCUAAACUGCGAGCGCAUCAGAUGAGGUACACAGACUACAAAUUCCGGUUAGCGAAGUCCACUCUGACGCUGAUCCCUCUUUUGGGCAUUCACGCCAUCCUCUUCACAUUUGUCAUAGAUGAGUCAGUCCCUAAAGGCUCCAUGCUGCGCCUCAUUCGUCUUUUCUGUGACCUCCUCUUCAACUCCUUCCAGGGUUUGCUUGUUGCCAUCCUCUACUGCUUUGUGAACAAAGAGGUGCAGUCAGAGAUGCUGAAGAAGUGGAAGCGUUGGAAGUUGGGCAAGGACAUUGAUGAGGAAUACCGACACACUUACAGCCAAACGCCACAUGUCAAAAGUGGCAGCAUCGCCACGGGCAACCUGGGAGAUCUGGACCCGAGCUGUGAGUCGCCUCACCUCGCCAAAACUGCCCGAGGUGGAAACUGCUCCAACGCACCUGAGGAGAAUCGAAGAUUAGUGGUGUGCUACAGUAAUGGGAUGGGGAAAAGUCGGUCCCAAAAAAGGGGGCAUGUGCUGCACUUCUCCUUCCUACCACUACGGGGUGCUGCCAGUCGGGCCAGCACAACCAUAGAGGACAUUUGCCUAGAAGAAAGAGUGCAGUGCCGAAUCGGAUCACUGGAGGGAGAUGAGACCAGUGUCUAAAAUUGACCUUUACCAAAAACGAAAGAAAAAAAGCAUAAAUGACUUGAAAACUGCAUGCGACAGCAGUAAACAAACUUUCCUACUGCAAAAUAUUUAUUGUUGCGCGGACUUCUGUAAACUUACGACACAAGGAAUGAUUUAUCUGUUAAAGUAUUAAUGUGCAAGGUGUGUGUGCACUGCAGUACUGUGUAAAGGUUUUGUGUUUGUGUGUGUGCGAGAGUGUUUGGAAAAUAAACCACUUACAUCAUGUGGACCUGCCUCACUUAUAGGGACAAAAAUCAAGUCCCUUUGAUGAAAAUACUUUAUCAUUAGAUCAACAACAUGAUUUCAACUUAAGAUAUGGGUUAAAACAGGUUAGGAUUUAGGUUAAGUUUAAACUAUGGUUAAGGUUAGGAUUAGUCUCAAGGAAAGUCAAUGGAAUGUCCCUAAAAUGUAUGAAAAUACACCAUGUCUUGUGCGUGUCUGUGUGUGGAUCCAGAUCAUUGUUUGGACAAGCUAAAUUAUUGAAAUAAUAGUUUUGUCAUAUUUUUCAGCAUUGUGAGAAGGACCAAUGCCUUGGAAAGGGUCUUUGAGAGCUUUGACAUUUUUGUUUGUGUUUGUUUUUAACAAUUUAUUUCUACAUACACUCUUAUACGCCUUUCUUCCAUACACUUUGCCUAAGUUCUUUGCACAGUACUGUAUGUGGGAGGCUUUUAAGGGGCCAAACUCUGAGUCUGUCUUUUUUCACUGUCAUAUAGUGCUUAGAGAAACCAGACGUCAUCAUUUACUCGGGACAAUCCCAGUUUUGAGCCCUGUGUCUCCUGUCCCUAGCAGAUUUUUCCUCAAUUUUAUACAAGAAAGAAAUUGUUGACUAAUUUGAUACUAACAGUAAGGAAAGGUAAAAAUACAGAAAAAGAUGCUUGGAAACUACCAGAAAACAAAAAAAUGCACUGGCUGAAGUCUCUCUGAUUGUAUAUACUGAUUCAUAAGAAUGUUGUGAAUAAUCUUGAAUGGUCCUAAUGCAUAACAGUUUUCCUUAAUUUCUCACUCACUCAACACCCCAAACUGAGGGGGUCCCAGUUUUUUAUUUUGAAAAUCAGGUCACCCUAGUAAUGCUGUUUUGCUUGUGUUGUAGUGUAUUUGACAAAGAUUCUUCUGUGCAAAUGCCAAAUUGUGAGCGUCUUAAUUUUUUUUAUGAUAUAUCUGUAAGCAAAACAAAAGUCACUCAAGGCACUUAGUGAGUUCCCCAUUGUCAUUGUAAAUUUACCUCAUUUGUCCCAUUUUGAACACAUUUGAAUGUAUAUUAAUAAACAAUGCAAGCUACUGAGGCGACUCAAAGACGGU